CCUGCCAGUGUCUGCGGCUUCCACGGACUGAGCUGCCUCGCCCGCCUCCGAGCAGUUGGGGAAGAGAACCGAAGCACAAACCCUAGCGGCGGCGCAGCUCAGCCGGGGUUUGCGGAGGAAGGGGAGGGGCACCGCCCGCGAUGCUCGCGGCGUCGGCUCGGCGGGUGGCGGCCGCCGCCGCCGCGUCGUCCUCCCAUUCCAGGCUCGCCAACCAGCUCGCCCACGCGCUGAAUCCGCAGAGGUGGAUCCAUGACCGGAACAAGAAGGCGAUGGAGUUGGUGGCCAAGGGGUGGAGCGCCCUGCAGGAGGUUGAUCGCGUCAUCGACUACGCCGACCGCAACGACAAGCGCCUGAUCCCACUUCUCAGGGGUGCAAAGGAAAAUUUUGAGCUGGCUCUGGAGAUCGACAAUAUGAACACUCAUGCGAGAUUAUGGCUUGCCAAGAUGCAUUUCAAGUAUCAUGUUCCUGGAGCUUGUAAGGCCAUUGGUGCUGCUCUGUUGGUUGAAGCUGCAAACAUGGGUGAUCCAGAUGCACAGUAUGAACUUGGAUGCCAUUUGAGAAUUGAGAAUGACUACGUUCACUCUGACCAACAGGCUUUUUAUUACAUUGAGAAAGCUGUUGACCAGUUGCACCCUGGUGCUUUGUAUCUUCUAGGUGCUGUAUAUUUAACUGGAGACUGUGUUAAGAGGGAUAUAGCUUCAGCAAUGUGGUGUUUCCACAGAGCAUCAGAAAAGGGACACUCUGGAGCUGCAAUUGCAUAUGGAUCACUUCUAUUAAAAGGUGCUGAAGUGCCUGAGGUUAUUACCAGGUUCAACUCAGGUAAGAGUCCAUCAACUGGAAAGAUGCGAAAAAGGCCCAUACAGCAGGAUCCAGUGAAGCUAGCAAAGGAGCAGUUUCAAAUUGCAGCUGAAGCUGGAUGUGAUCUCGGUUUGCGAUGGCUGAAGAGGCUUGGGGAUUAUGAAAAGCAGCAAGAACAACCAAAGCAAAUCCAGCAAUGACCACCUUCGAAAUGAUUUGCUUCACUUCGGCAUUGCUCUAUGUUGACAUGCGUUUGUCAUACACACUAUACAGGUAGAACGUCAGAUUCUCAACUGUAAUCAUGUAAUUGAAUCCAAGCACUAUGUAAAUUUUGAUAUCUGGCCCAACUCCUUGAAAAGGUAGACUUGAGUUGAUCCCCUUUCUCUACAAAGGAUUUUUAUCGUACCAGUCCUUAUAGAGUUCGUUACUUUGUUUUUUCACUUUUUCUCCCCAACUGUCUACUGGUAUAACCUGUUACAUGUCCCUUAAUUA